AAAUAGUGAAGUGAAUUAAAAAUUAAUGAAACAAGAAAUUAAAGAAUAAUUCAACCAGUGCCGUGGAAAAUUAAAAAAAAAAGAGAAAAACAAAUUUAUAAAAAAUGUCAAUUUCAAUUAAAAACUGAAAACAGUGCGAAACGCGACAAAAAGUAACGUGAAAAUUCAGCAAAACGCAGCCAACUAGGCAGCAAUACAAAUCCCCCACCCCGAUCCCAAGCCAAGGAACAUUCAAUGGAGCUGCGGCUGCUUGUGCUGCUCAGCCUGCUCCUCGCUGGCGGCUGCCUGGGCGCCUUGCCGCCCAAGGAUGCGAGUGAUAAGAACGCUGCCAGCGCCAUGCUGGGCGCCAGCGUCAGUUUGUCCAGUGAUUAUAGCUCGCUGCUGGCGGCGGCACAGCCAAUGGCUGCCUCGUCGGCCCCGCCCGCACCGGUCCACAGCGGGCCAAGCAAUCAGUGCACCUGGACAUAUAACGGCACAAGUGCCGUUUACUGUUCGCUACGUUUGAUCGAACGCCAACCGGGCCUGGACUUACAAGGCGCCGAUGGCAGCAGCCAAUUGACCAUCAAAUGCAGCGAUUUGUAUCUGUUUGAGUCGCAGCUGCCGGUGGCUGUGUUCGCUCGCCUGCAGACGCUGGACGCGCUGCGGCUGGAGUCCUGCAAGCUGCUCCAGCUGCCCAACAAUGCGUUCGAGGGCCUGAGCACAUUGAAGGCCUUGAAGCUGAGCACACGCAAUGCCGAAUGGGGCCCAGCCAAGGCGCUAGAACUCUACCCAGACUCGCUCAACGGCCUGAAGCAGCUGACGGAGCUGGACCUGAGCGAUAAUAACUUGCGUGCUUUGCCCAGCGGCUUCCUGUGCCCCGUGGGCAAUCUGCAAACGCUCAACCUGACACGCAAUCGCAUACGCACAGCGGAGCAGCUGGGCUUUGCGGACAUGAACUGUGGUGGCAGCGGUGGCAGUGGCAGUGGCAGCGGCAGCGAGUUGCAACUGCUCGACGCUAGCCACAAUGAGCUGCGCUCCAUCACCGAAAGCUGGGGCAUCUCGCGUCUGCGUCGCCUGCAGCAUCUGAAUCUGCAGCACAAUAAUAUAUCGGAGCUGUCGGGCGAGGCAUUAGCCGGCUUAGCCUCGCUGCGCAUCGUUAAUCUGAGCAACAACCACUUGGAGACGCUGCCGGAAGGCUUAUUCGCGGGCAGCAAGGAGCUGCGCGAGAUUCACUUGCAAAACAAUGAGCUCUACGAGCUGCCCAAGGGCCUGUUCCAUCGGCUCGAGCAGCUGCUCGUGGUCGACCUGUCGGGCAACCAGCUGACCUCCAACCACGUGGACAACACCACCUUCGCGGGUCUCAUACGGCUGAUCGUCCUGAAUUUGGCGCACAACGCGCUGACCCGCAUCGACUAUCGCACCUUCAAGGAGCUCUACUUCCUGCAAAUCCUGAACUUGCGAAACAACUCGAUUGGCCACAUCGAGGACAACGCCUUCUUGCCGCUCUACAACCUGCACACGCUGAAUCUCGCCGAGAAUCGCCUGCAUACGCUCGACGACAAGCUCUUCAACGGCCUCUACGUGCUGUCGAAGCUGACGCUCAAUAAUAAUCUGAUCAGCGUCGUGGAGCCAGCCGUGUUUAAGAACUGCUCGGACUUGAAGGAGCUCGACCUGAGCUCCAAUCAGCUGAACGAGGUGCCGCGCGCCCUGCAGGACUUGGCCAUGCUGCGCACCCUGGACCUGGGCGAGAACCAGAUACGCACCUUCGACAAUCAGAGCUUCAAGAACCUGCACCAGCUGACCGGCCUGCGGCUGAUCGACAAUCAAAUUGGCAACAUCACGGUGGGCAUGUUUGCGGACCUGCCGCGCCUGAGCGUCUUGAACUUGGCCAAGAACCGCAUCCAGAGCAUCGAGCGCGGAGCCUUCGACAAGAACUACGAACUGGAGGCCAUACGACUGGAUCGCAAUUUCCUCUCCGACAUCAAUGGAGUGUUUGCCACUCUGGUCUCGCUGCUCUGGCUGAACCUCUCAGAGAAUCACCUGGUCUGGUUCGACUACGCGUUCAUACCCUCGAACCUCAAGUGGCUGGACAUACACGGCAACUACAUCGAGGCGCUGGGCAACUACUACAAGCUGCAGGAGGAGAUACGCGUCAAGACGCUGGACGCCAGCCACAAUCGCAUCACGGAGAUCGGCCCCAUGGCCAUACCGAACACCAUUGAGCUGCUCUUCAUCAACAACAAUCUGAUUGGCAACGUGCUGCCCAACGCGUUUGUGGAUAAAGCCAAUUUGGCCCGCGUCGAUCUCUAUGCGAAUCAGCUGAGCAAGCUGCAAUUGCAGCAGCUGCGAAUCGCUCCGGUGCUGGCGCCCAAGCCCUUGCCCGAGUUCUAUUUGGGUGGGAAUCCGUUCGAGUGCGACUGCACCAUGGACUGGCUGCAGCGCAUCAAUAAUCUGACCACUCGCCAGCAUCCACGUGUCAUGGAUAUGCCCAACAUUGAGUGCGUGAUGCCGCAUGCCCGAGGCGCGGCAGUUCGUCCGCUGAGUGCGCUGCGGCCGCAGGACUUCCUCUGCCGCUAUGAAUCGCACUGCUUCGCCCUGUGCCACUGCUGUGACUUCGACGCCUGCGACUGCGAGAUGACCUGCCCGCACAAUUGCACCUGCUAUCACGAUCAGAUCUGGUCCACCAACGUGGUCGACUGCGGCAAUCAGCUGACCAUGGAGCUGCCGCGUCGCGUGCCCAUGGACUCGAGCAUUGUCUACUUGGACGGCAACAACUUUCCUGUGCUCAAGAAUCACGCCUUCAUCGGGCGCAAGAACCUGAAGGCUCUGUACGUGAACGGCAGCCAGGUGGCAUCCAUACAGAAUCGCACGUUCGCCAGUCUGGCAACGCUGCAGCUGCUGCAGCUCUCCGACAAUCGCCUGCAAACGCUGCACGGCUAUGAGUUCGAGCAGCUCUCGGCACUGAAGGAGCUGCAUCUGCAGAACAACCAGCUGGCCACGAUUGAGAAUGGAACCUUGGCGCCGCUGGUCUCCCUGGAGCUGCUGCGCCUCGACGGCAAUCGUCUGGUCACUUUGCCCAUUUGGCAGCUGCAUGCAACACACUUCGGCCAGCGACUGCGUGCCAUAUCGCUGGGCCGCAACCAGUGGAGCUGCCGCUGUCAGUUCCUGCAGGCCCUGACCUCCUACGUGGCCGACAAUGCGCUGAUCGUGCAGGACGCCCAGGACAUCUACUGCAUGGCGGCCCCCAAUACGGCGGCCUACGAGCAGAGCAGCUCGUCGGCGGCCACACAGAAGCGGGAAUUGGACUUCAAUUCGACGGGCGCCGCCUGCACCGAUUACUAUUCAGGCGGCUCGAUGCUGCAGCACGGCAUUCCCGAGUCGUAUAUACCGCUGCUGGCCGCCGCCUUGGCGCUCAUCUUUCUGCUCAUCGUCAUCAUCAUUGUGUUCGUCUUCCGGGAGUCGCUCAGGAUUUGGCUGUUCGCUCACUAUGGCGUGCGUGUGUUUGGGCCGCGUUGCGAGGAGUCCGAGAAGCUGUACGAUGCUCUGCUGCUGCACUCGGCCAAGGACUCGGAGUUCGUCUGCCAGCACUUGGCCAGCGAGCUGGAAACGGGGCGACCGGCUUUGCGUGUCUGUCUGCAGCAUCGCGACCUGGCACACGAUGCCACACACUACCAGCUGCUGGAGGCGAGUCGCGUGUCGCGGCGCGUUGUCAUUCUGCUGACGCGCAAUUUCCUGCAAACGGAGUGGUCCAGGUGUGAGCUGCGCAGAUCGCUGCACGACGCACUCAGGGGCAGGCCACAGAAGCUGGUCAUCAUCGAGGAGCCGGAGGUGGCCUUCGAGGCGGAGAGCGACAUCGAGCUGCUACCAUAUCUGAAGACUUCGGCGGUGCAUCGCAUACGACGCACCGAUCGCCACUUCUGGGAGAAGCUGCGCUAUGCGCUGCCCGUGGACUAUCCAACCUAUCGGGGCAACAACUACACGCUCGACCACAACCAUGAGCGCAUCAAGCAGCCGGCCAGUCCGGGUCUGCUCUAUCGCCAGGCGCCGCCGCCAGCCUAUUGCGGACCAGCGGAAGCGGCAGCUGCCGCCGCAUCUGUGGCAGCCGCUGCAGCUGAGCAAAACUAUUCAACGGCUACGACAGCCACGCCCAGUCCACGACCGCAGCGCCGCGGCGAACGCGUCGAAGGGGUGGGCGUCAAUCCGGGCGGACCGCAUCAUCUGCAUGCCCAGUACUAUCAGCACCAUGGCAUGCGUCCGCCCUCGGAGCACAUCUACUCCAGCAUCGAUUCGGACUACUCCACGCUGGACAACGAGCAGCACAUGCUGAUGAUGCCAGCUGCAGCUGGCGCAGCAAGUGCCGAGCCAGCACAGCAGCGCGCUCAGACCUGGCGGCCACAGCCCAAGCAGCAGCUGCAAACGGCACAUGCGGGCACGCUGAAUCCCAGCGCAGCGGUCAAGUCCAAUGCUCAACAGCAGCAGCAGCAGCAGCAGCAGCAGGCGAGUGGUCAACAACAAGGUCCACAUGUGCAGGCGUAUCUGGUAUAAGGAGAGAUUCGGACAGACAGACAGAGGAAGCGAGGGAGAGGUGCAUGCCUGUCCAGCAGUUGGACAGAGUGACAGUGAUUUCUAUAGGGACUGGUUCCUGGUGCAUGAUUUUAAUUACUAAAAUAUGUGCGAGCUAAAAUUAAGAGAGACGAGAGAGGCAGAGGGAGAGGGAGAG